CUAUCAUUGAUGAACGGAGUUGUUGUCAAAGAAGAGCGUUGUCACUGAUUGUUAGCCAGCUAGCACUAGCAUUCUGUAAAAAUGUCUAAAAUACAGAUGYUGAGAGUGUUUCUCAACCAGCGGUUAACUGUGGCUGCUGAGGAGAUAUUUGGGGCAGUUGAAAAAACGAUAGCGGAGUACCAGGAAGAGGUUUCCCGUUCGAAAGAGGAGAACGACCGUCUACAGAAUAUUCUUGACAUCGUUAUUAAACCUGAGAUAAAGUUACAAAGAGCAGACCUCCAGCAGCUCACUGUAUUGGAAGAGGAGGUUCACCCUGAGCAGCAGCCCUGUGAGCAGGAUUGGAGCCCUAGUCUUGGACAGGAGGACAGCGAGCCCAUACGGAUAAAAAAKGAGCAGGAGGAACUCAAAAAGCAACUUCAGUGGCUGGAGUCUGACACCAGAGAGUUCAUAUUUGAUCCUUUCUGUGUAAGUGAUUAUGAUCAGGACCCAACUCAGUCCUUGCAAAUCCAAAGUGAGGAAAAURGGGAGAGAGACUCUCAACCAAACAUUGUAACUGGACAGAUAAAAACAGAAUCUGAUGGAGAGGACUACAGAAUAUCAGAACCAACCUGUUCUUCAGCUCAGAGUAAAAAUAGUGAACUAGUCAAUGGGAUGGAAAGCAAAGGAGCGCAGUCUGUUUUAAAGUCACACAAACCAAAGAGCACAAGAAAACUAAAAAGAAAACAAUCUUAUAUCAGUGCAAAUGGCAUGAAAUGUACUCCAUGUUCUUGUAAGGUUUGUGGGAGGUCUUUUCGGUACAARCGUCCCUUUUUUAAUCAUGUGCAAAGUCAUGCACAUAUAGAGGAUAAAGAACAUCCCUGUGGUGUGUGUGGAAAGCACCUAGAUUCUAAAGAGAGUAUGAAAGAUCACCUCCAAACUCACGUCGUAGCUGAGCCUGAGUUUUGUCAUGUUUGUGGUAAAACGUUCACCACGAAGCUUAGGCUGAAAAAGCACAUGMGGGUUCACACAGGAGAGAAACCAUACCGCUGCGAUGAUUGUGGCAGGUGUUUCAGCGAUGCCGCCAAUUUGAUCGGACACAAAAGGACUCACACCGGUGAGAAACCAUAUUGCUGCCAGGAAUGUGGCCAAGGAUUCACUCAAAGUGGACAUCUGGUUUUGCACAGGAGAAGACAUACUGGGGAGAAGCCAUAUCUCUGUUCUGUUUGUGGCAAAAGUUUCAGCACCAGAUCAAAUUAUACAGGACACAUGAGAGUUCACACAGGGGAGAAACCAUACAGYUGCCAUGUUUGUAGMAAAUGUUUCAGCAAUACUGCGAAUCUGAGUGCGCACAGGAGGAUUCAUACAGGGGAGAAACCAUAUUGUUGUGAUUAUUGUGGCAAAGGAUUUGCUCAGAAUGGAAAUCUUAAAAUGCACAUGAAGACACACAGGAAAUAAAUCUUAUAGGUUAAUUGCUGUGUUUGUGAGAAAUAUCUCAGCACUGACACCCACCCAACUUGMGAAUCCAAACAGGAGAGAAAUACAUUUAAGUCAUUUAGCAGACGCUCUUAUCCAGAGCGA